UUCACUGCUGUAAAAAUCCUCUGUGCUUGAAGUGGAAGUCCUGCUGCUGAACUUUGGGGGCCUGCUGGGAACAGGACUUCUAUAAGGACAAAUAUGUCUGGAAGGCUGUGGUCCAAGGCCAUUUUUGCCGGUUAUAAGCGGAGUCUCCGGAACCAGAGGGAGCACACAGCUCUUCUUAAAAUUGAAGGUAUUUAUGCUCAAGAUGAAACUGAAUUCUAUCUGGGCAAGAGAUGUGCUUAUGUGUACAAAGCAAAGAACUACACAGUGACUCCUGGUAGCAAACCAAACAAAACCAGAGUAAUCUGGGGAAAGGUAACUUGUGUUCAUGGAAAUAGUGGCAUGGUUCGUGCUAAAUUCCGAAACAACCUUCCCGCUAAGGCCAUUGGACACAGAAUUCGUAUAAUGCUGUACCCCUCAAGGAUUUAA